CAUCAACAAGUACGGUUUGAAAAGUAGCGUGUUUGGGGGCUGCUGUUGACGUGGAUACAACCUCAAACUGCUCGACCAAUCUCUCCCUGCCUGGAGGACUAACGCCGGCCCCUUUAAAUCCUCCCUCCUCCGAGCACAGGGGGCCGGUCCCUUUGGAGCACGUCCGCCCGGAAACGGGGCCGCAGGCGGAGGGUUCCGGGGCUCGCGAGGCUUCCGACAUUCCCCGUUGGCCCGGCAACGCCACUAGCUUUUUCUCCCAGGGAGGGGACUCGGAGGAUCCGGAGCUGAGGCUCUCCGCUGCAUUGGCUACAUGGGCUUGCCCAGUCUUGCUUGCUCUCUUUAACCAGGAUGGCGUUUAGGACCUCGCCCUUCUCUUUAGCGCUGGCGUGGAUGCUCCCAUCGCUUGGCCUUCGGAGACUCGGUUGCUUUUUAAUGACGGCGGCGGCUGUUGGGUGAGCAACUGGAGACUAGAGUUUGUUCUGACACGAGAGGGUCGCUUUUGUUUGGCUCCAUCACUGCUGGAUUGCUCCUUCCUGGUCCCUCCACUGUCGAAGGGAGAAGAUGCCACUGCCAUUUGGGCUGAAAUUGAAACGCACCCGGCGCUACACUGUGUCCAGCAAGAGCUGCCUGGUUGCACGGAUCCAGCUGCUUAAUAAUGAGUUUGUGGAGUUCACUCUGUCUGUGGAGAGCACCGGCCAGGAGAGCCUAGAAGCUGUAGCCCAGAGACUGGAGCUGAGGGAGGUCACUUACUUCAGUCUCUGGUACUACAAUAAGCAGAACCAGCGUCGCUGGGUGGAUUUGGAGAAGCCCCUGAAGAAGCAGUUGGAUAAACACGCGCUGGAGCCCACUGUCUACUUUGGAGUGGUGUUUUACGUGCCUUCCGUCUCCCAGCUGCAGCAGGAGAUUACCAGGUAUCAGUAUUACCUGCAGCUGAAGAAAGAUAUUCUGGAAGGAAACCUUCCGUGUACGUUAGAACAAGCCAUUCAGCUAGCUGGCUUAGCUGUUCAAGCUGAUUUUGGUGACUUUGAUCAGUAUGAAUCCCAAGACUUUCUUCAGAAAUUUGCCUUGCUCCCUGUGGGGUGGCUGCAGGAUGAAAAAGUGCUGGAAGAAGCAACUCAAAAAGUGGCCUUGCUGCAUCAGAAAUACAGAGGGCUAACAGCUCCGGAGGCUGAGAUGCUGUAUAUGCAGGAAGUAGAGAGAAUGGACGGCUAUGGAGAGGAGAGCUACCCUGCCAAGGAUAGCCAAGGAUGCGACAUGUCAAUCGGGGCGUGUCUCGACGGCAUCUUUGUGAAACAUAAGGACGGCCGGCCUCCUGUGGUGUUCAGGUGGCACGACAUUGCUAACAUGUCUCACAACAAGUCCUUCUUUGCAUUGGAGCUGGCAAGUAAAGAGGAGACCAUCCAGUUUCAAACUGAAGACAUGGAAACAGCCAAGUACGUGUGGAGACUGUGUGCUGCACGGCACAGAUUUUACAGACUAAACCAGUGCGACCUGCAAACUCAGGCUGCCACGUUGAACUCAGUCAGGAGGGGCUCAUCUUCCAGGAUGUCUCUGCCUAAACCCCAGCCCUAUGCGAUGCCUCCCCCACCCCAGCUGCAUUAUAAUGGACAUUAUACAGAGCCAUUUGCUUCUUCCCAAGAUAACAUCUUUGUGCCCAGCAAGAAUGGAUUCUAUUGUCACUCCCAGACAAGUUUGGACAGAACCCAGAUUGACCUCAGCGGUCGCAUCCGCAACGGCAGCGUCUACAGUGCACACAGUACGAACUCCUUAAAUACCCCUCAGCCCUACUUGCAGCCCUCCCCGAUGUCCUCCAACCCGAGUAUUACUGGCAGUGAUGUCAUGAGGCCCGACUACAUCCCAUCCCAUCGGCACAGUGCCCUGAUCCCCCCUUCUUACCGCCCAACCCCCGACUACGAGACUGUGAUGAAGCAGCUCAACAGAGGCCUGGUGCAUGCCGACAGGCACAGCCACUCACUGCGGAACCUCAACAUCGGCAGUUCCUAUGCAUACAGCAGGCCCGACGCCCUGGUCUACAGCCAGCCUGAGAUCCGGGAGCAUGCACACCUUACCUCUCCCCAGUCGGCCCACUACCCAUUUAAUCUGAACUACAGCUUCCACAGUCAGUCUCCGUAUCCCUACCCUGCUGAGAGGCGGCCUGUGGUGGGUGCCGUCAGUGUGCCCGAGCUGACCAACGUGCAGCUCCAGGCCCACGACUAUCCCGCUCCAAACAUUAUGAGAACCCAGGUGUACCGGCCACCCCCACCGUACCCAUACCCGAGGCCCGCCAACAGCACCCCAGACCUGUCCCGGCACCUCUACAUCAGCAGCAGCAAUCCGGAUCUCAUCACCAGGCGUGUCCACCACUCAGUGCAGACCUUCCAGGAGGACAGCUUGCCUGUGGCCCAUUCCCUGCAGGAGGUCAGCGAGCCCCUCACAGCAGCCCGGCACGCCUACCUACAGAAGAGGAACAGUAUUGAAAUUGCGGGACUCACACACGGCUUUGAAGGCCUGAGGCUCAAGGAGAGGACCAUGUCCGCCUCGGCCGCAGACGUGGCUCCACGGACUUGCUCAGCAGGCUCCCAGUCCAGCGUCUUCUCUGACAGAACAAAACAAGAGGAGAGCGAAGAGCAGGAAAGUGACAGAUACAGCCACAAGAAGUCCCUUUCUGAUGCCACCAUGCUGAUACACAGCAGCGAGGAGGAGGAGGACCUGGACGAGGACAGCAGCAGAGCACACGCUGUCUCGGCCUUGUCUGAGCCCCGCCUGGCUGGUGCUUACUCCCAGGAGCAGCAGCUGAGCUACCCCUGUGCUUCGGCAACUCCAGUCGCCGGCCCUCUGCAUAUUCUUGAGCCCAAAUCCCAUUUUACGGAGCCUGAGAAGAGGGUGAAGGCCAUCAGCACCGUCCCCCUGGUUGUGGACACCCAUCGGCCCCGAAGAGAUGGGCUGUUAACCCCCUCCAUGUCUGAAUCUGACCUCACGACUUCGGGGAGGUACCGAGCUAGGAGGGACUCUCUCAAGAAAAGGCCAGUGUCAGAUCUCCUCUCUGGGAAGAAGAACAUUGUGGAAGGACUUCCGCCACUCGGGGGAAUGAAAAAGACUCGAGCAGAUGCAAAGAAAAUUGGUCCCCUUAAGCUGGCUGCCCUCAAUGGACUCUCCCUGUCCCGACUGCCUCUGCCUGAUGAAGGGAAGGAAGCGUCCACCAGAGCCACAAAUGACGAACGGUGUAAGAUUCUGGAACAGCGCCUGGAGCAAGGAAUGGUCUUCACCGAAUAUGAAAGGAUUCUCAAAAAGCGGCUGGUUGAUGGGGAGUGCUCAACAGCCCGGCUGCCUGAAAAUGCAGAAAGAAAUCGAUUCCAAGAUGUGCUUCCCUAUGAUGACGCGAGAGUAGAGCUGGUACCAACCAAGGAGAACAACACUGGCUACAUCAACGCGUCCCACAUUAAGGUCUCUGUCAGUGGAAUUGAGUGGGAUUAUAUUGCCACACAGGGACCGUUACAGAAUACCUGCCAGGACUUUUGGCAGAUGGUGUGGGAACAGGGGAUCACCAUUAUAGCAAUGGUGACAGCAGAGGAGGAGGGUGGCAGGGAGAAGAGCUUUAGGUAUUGGCCAAGACUUGGCUCAAGGCACAACACUGUCACCUAUGGAAGGUUUAAGAUCACAACUCGCUUCCGCACGGACUCGGGCUGCUAUGCCACGACAGGUUUGAAGAUGAAGCACCUCCUCACAGGCCAGGAGAGGACAGUUUGGCAUCUGCAGUACACAGACUGGCCUGAGCAUGGCUGUCCCGAAGAUCUCAAAGGAUUUUUAUCAUACCUUGAAGAGAUCCAGUCUGUUCGUCGUCAUACAAACAGUACAAGUGAACCCAAGAGCCCCAACCCUCCACUGUUGGUGCACUGCAGUGCUGGCGUAGGAAGAACUGGGGUCGUCAUCUUGUCAGAGAUCAUGAUUGCCUGUCUGGAGCACAACGAGGUGCUGGACAUCCCCAGAGUGCUGGACACGCUGAGACAGCAGAGAAUGAUGCUGGUGCAGACGCUCGGCCAGUACACGUUUGUGUACAGAGUUCUCAUGCAGUUCCUCAGAAGCUCCAGGCUCAUUUAAGCUCCCACAUGUUCAUAUGGGGACCCAAUCAUGUGAAGUGUUUACAGCUUAAAAAAAGAAAGAAGGGAAGAGAAGAGAGAGAGAGAGAGAGAGAGAGAGAGAGAGAGAGAGAGAGAGAGAGAGAGAGAGAGAGAGAGAGAGAAGCUCUUGUGCAGCUCCUGUUUGAACAGGAGGCGUGGCGUGAAGGGCUGAGGGGAGCGCGGGACUCGGGACAGGUGUGGUGCCCUGGCCUCGCCCGCCCUGUUUGCGGUGCUUGCACACGUUCGGGGACGGUAUUUCCUAGACGGUUCUCUGUCUUACUGAGCUGCACUGGGCAGUUCUGGCAAUCAUUAAGGCACACAGAUUUCUAUCUUAAGCUAGUUUUUGAUAAUGUAAUUUUAUGACUAAAUAGUUUUGUUUUUUUAGUUAGACUGAACUUUUCUGUGGGGCAAUCCACAGACUGAGUGGAUCUUGACUAACUGUAUUUAAAACCAUUAUUAGCUUUUGUUUAAGAGCAAAACCCACAGGGAACUAAGUGGUUUAUUCACCAAAUCCAAAACUAAAGAGAAUCUAAAAGUAUUAUUUUGAAACAUAGAAAGCAUUUUUAUAUUCAGAAUGUUUUUUUAUCCUAGAAGUUCUAUAUAUUUGUACCUUCUAUAUUUUCCAAAUAAGAGCUCACGUUGUUAUAAUACUGAGUCAGUUAAUGUGAAGUUGGGGAUAAAGGCACAUUAUUUAAAAUCAAAGAAUCAUAUUCACUAUUUUUUCAGUAUUAUCAAUAAGCAUAAAUGAGUUUGAUUUUCUUGGUUGAAAAUGAAGAACAAUUGCAUUGGAUGGUUUUAAGCACUUUUUUGUUGAAAAUGAAUUUAAUAUAUGCGGCUUUAUAUUUGAAACAGUGGACACUGAUUCAAAGAGAAGGGCUAUGAGUAUGUAAGAUGGCCAGGACGAGAGUAAGUACCUGUGGUGGUCACGCAGGAUGGCUUGGUCGGUACAGAAAUGCAGUAUUAUCUAUAGUCACGCUGGGAUGGAGAGUGGGGUCUUGGGAGCUUGGAGGUGAGCCCCAGAGGGCUACAGGGAAGUCAAGGUCUACCAUUGUCAGUGAUGUACUUUGUUUAUUUGGGUUCCUUAUAAUUUUCCCCCUACAAAAAAGUUCAGGUUUAUAUUAUCAUUAAAGAAGCCUUGAAGAGGCUUGAUUUUCUUUUGGUUGAAAGAAGGGAACAGUUAAUGAAUGGUUCCUUUCUCCAAACCACAGCCCAAACUUAUGGGGCCACCAGAAAUUGCUAUGGUUUUCAGGGGUACUUGAAUUUAGCACCUUAAUCCUGUCCUCACCUCAGGAUCAGUUAUAAGUACUUGGUCCUCCUCUUCCAUCCCCUUUGGGCACAUCCUGCUGGUCAGAACCAGGUCAGCUUCGAAGGGCAGAGUGCUGUCCUUGGCCCAGGCUAAGCUUGCUUUAUGAGAAGUGGAGGACAAGUUGGCACCUUUAUCUGAGCCCCCUUCCCCCGAAUUUGGUUUACUGUGUAGACCUUGUAGAAUGUCAGGUCUAGGUUUAGCUCCCAAAUGAUGAUGUUCUGCCAUCAUUCUGAUUUCACUCUGUGGUGAGCCUCACCCUCCAUGACAGACAUGUGUCAGCCCAGCUAAACCCAGUAAACUCACAUGGAAGGCGCGCCCCAGGACGGGAUUGGAGGUUUGGGUGGUAUAUGUUCCAUAUGAAGGACAUAUACGUUUUCUGAAACUUUUUCUUCCAAUGGUACAUUGUUUGAAGAUGCUUUUCUAUCACACUUAGACAUCUGGAAACAUCCCACCGACAAGAACAUAUUGUAAAACAAAACUUUAAUUAAAGAGUAAUAUAUGGCA